UACUAACUGAUCACCAACGGUCACAUGGGCUUGAAAAUUUUUCUCCAAACGUGACAACAUUUAAGAGUGCACUCCUACAGUCUCAAUCACUACAAAUCCCGCACCCUCAGUCCCAUCUCUUACCACUCUCAGUUUCUCUCCCAAGCAAUCUCUGCAAUCUAAGUUUCUCAGUCAAUCCAACAUGGAUUCUUACAGGAAAGCUACAUCAAAACCAUGGAAGAAAGGUCCUACAAGAGGUAAGGGUGGCCCUCAGAAUGCGACAUGCGAGUAUCGUGGAGUUAGACAAAGAACUUGGGGCAAAUGGGUUGCAGAGAUCAGAGAGCCCAAGAAGAGAACCAGACUCUGGUUGGGUUCUUUUGCCACCGCCGAAGAAGCUGCCAUGGCCUAUGAUGAAGCUGCAAGGAGAUUGUAUGGGCCUGAUGCUUACCUCAAUCUACCACAUCUUCAACCAAAUUCCACUCCUCCAAGCAAAUCCCAGAAGUUCAAAUGGUUUCCUUCCAAGAACUUCGUUUCCAUGUUUCCUUCAUGCAGAAUGCUAAAUUUAAAUGUCCAACCCAGUGUUCACCUCAUUCACCAAAUCCAGGAGUAUUCGGCUGAAAGUCAAUCUUCGCCAACAUGCUCAUCUUCAUCAUGCUCGUCUUCCUUUGAUUUGAAAUCUGCAUUUCAGAUCACAGAGGAUAAUAUCCACAUGGAAGAUUCAGUAAUCAACAAAGAAGAGAUGAUUUCAUUUGAGAGCCUGCAAGAGGAACGUGAAGAAAAACCUCAGAUAGAUCUCAAUGAAUUUCUUCAGCAGUUGGGUGUACUGAAAGUAGACUCUGCAUCAGAUGACGGUGACACCCCCAGAAGCACUCCACCGGUGGAAUCUCCCCCUCCAGACGAUUAUGGGCUAGCAGCUCUUAAAGAUCAGACUUUCAACUGGGACAGUCUGGUAGAUAUGCCAGGAAUAGAGUAUCAUCAGGGAGUAGUGUCCAGUGGCCUUCAGUUCAAUGAUAUGCAUGAAGAGCUGACAUUGCCGACUAUUUGGGACUUUUGAAAAGGUCAGCCAAUUUUGGCGAGUAGGAUUUUUAUUCUGAGUAGAAUCUAGAUUUAGUGAGGUCUAGGUUACAGUAGAAAUGAAAGGUAUUUC